AUGUCGAUUGCCGAGUGCCUCCGGUGGGAGCCAGAAUCGGAGGAGGACAAUGUGGUGGUCCAAGGCUACGUCCGGUCCGUUCGGGGCAUGAAAACCCACCGCUUUGUUUCUCUCGGCGACGGGUCCUCGCUGGCUCCUCUGCAGGCCGUUGUCCCCGUCGACACCAACCAGGCCGAAGGCCUGGCCAUCGGUGCUGCUGUCCGUCUCACUGGCAAAUGGGUCCCCUCGCCUGGCGCGUCCCAGUCCCACGAAAUGCAAGUCACCCAGGUCGACAUCCUGGGCCCAUCCGACGCAAAGACGUUUCCCAUCCAAAAGAAAUAUCAGACACCAGAGUACCUCCGCACAAUUCCCCACUUGCGGCCGAGGACGCCCAUCAAUGCUGCCUUGCUGAAAAUGCGCUCUGAAGCGGUCGCGGCCCUGACUCGGUUUUUUGCCGAGAACCACUUCACCCAAACACAUCCGCCCAUCCUCACUUCGUCAGAUUGCGAAGGUGCCGGAGAAGUGUUUACUGUGGCUCCGGCGUCCAACGUCACCGAGCUUUCCUCCAACGAGGACAACAAGAGCAAGAUGUUCUUUCGCAACAAAAAGUAUCUCACCGUGUCUACUCAGCUUCAUCUCGAGGCCUUGGCUCAGUCUGUCGGUAACGUCUGGACCCUUUCUCCUGUUUUCCGCGCCGAAAAGAGCGAUACUGCCCGUCAUCUCAGCGAAUUUUACAUGCUCGAGGCCGAGAUGAGCUUUGUCAAUGACCUCGACGAGGUCAUGGACCUUGCAGAGGACAUGAUCCGUAACAUGUGCAUUACCAUGUACGAAUCGCCUACAGUCUAUGAGUUUCUUAACCGCGAGGGUCGCGUCGGUUCCGACCUCGUUUCUCCCGAGGAGGUGAGGGCUCGGUGGGAGGGCAUGAUGGCGGAUGAGUGGCCGCGUAUAACUUACACGGAUGCUAUCGAGUUUCUACAAGAGCAUGCCGACGAGUUCGAACAUAAGCCCGUCUGGACUGAAGGCCUGCAUUCGGAGCACGAAAAGUUCAUUGCCGAACACGUUGGAGACGGAAAGCCUGUCUUCGUCACCGACUAUCCUCGCGACAUCAAGGCCUUCUAUAUGCGUGAAGGCCAGUCACUCCCAGAUAUUUCCUCCCCGGGUCCGACGGUCGAGUGUUUCGACUUGUUGGUGCCCGACCUCUGCGAGAUUGCCGGCGGAUCCAUGCGUGAACACCGUCUGGAGCCGUUGUUGGAGGCCAUGAAGCGUCACAACAUCGUUGCUGGAGAGUUCACCAGCUCUAUGGAUGGCAAUGCUCCCUCCGAGGCGAGAACCGGCCCUCUUGAUUGGUAUGUCGACCUUCGCCGUUGGGGCUGCGCUCCACAUGGCGGCUUUGGAAUCGGCUUUGAUCGACUCCUCUGCUACUUGACUGGCGUCCAGACGAUUCGAGACAUGGUUUCUUUCCCUCGCUGGUUUGGCCGAUGUGAUUGUUAAGGAAGAUUCGCCUUUCAGAAGAGGG